GCCUAGCGUGCCUUGCUCCUCUUGUUCUCGUUCGACGACAUCUGACGAGAUAGCAGACCCAACAUGAACUCGAAAGGACGACGCAGUUUCAUCGUGGGAGCAGGAUGUACUGCAUUCAUCAAGCCUCGAGCUACACGGACAACAGAAGACAUGGGACUAGAAGCCGCAACGAAAGCGCUCCUCGAUGCAGGCAUCACAUAUGAUGCAGUGGAAACCGCUUUCGUAGGGUACUGCUACGGUGACUCCACGAGUGGCCAGAGAGCACUAUAUAGUCUCGGCAUGACUGGCAUACCUAUCACGAACGUCAACAACAAUUGUUCAACCGGGAGCACCGCGCUCUACCAUGCGAACAACAUGGUAAAAUCCGGACUGGCGGAAUGCGCCCUCGCGCUAGGCUUUGAAAGGAUGGCGCCGGGCAGUCUCGGCACAAACUUUCCCGACAGGCCGUCCCCCACUGCCCCAUUCGCUGAUGCAACGGAAGAAGCUGAGGUGAAGCUCAGUAGUGGUCAGAAUUAUGGGCCUGGUGCCCCGAGGAUGUUCGCCAACGCAGCACAAGAAUACUUUGACAAACAUGGAGCGAACAUGACGCAUCUUGCGCAGAUUGCGUCUAAGAAUCACAAGCAUUCAGUUAAUAAUCCAUAUUCGCAAUUCCGAGACGGUUGGACAGUUGAACAAAUUCUCGCUGCUCCCAAGAUCAACAAGCAGCUGACAAAGUUCAUGUGCAGUCCUACUUCAGAUGGCGCUGCCUGUUGCAUUGUUGCUUCAGAGGAUUUCGUGCACAAGCACAAACUGGAAAACCAGGCAAUUGAGAUUGUGUCUCAGGCGCUGUACACCGAUGAACCGGAGACCUUUGAGAGCAAGAGUGCCAUGGAAGUUGUCGGCUUUGGAAUGACGCAGAAAUGUGCAGAUAAGAUAUUCCAUGAUGCUGGAUUCAAUGAGCGCGAUGGCAGAGAUCAGGUUGGCGUGGUUGAGUUGCACGAUUGUUUUGCAGCCAACGAGCUGAUCACGUACGAGGCGCUUCGACUAUGCGAACCUGGCCAAGCGCACCGAAUGGUCGAGGAAGGGGAUAUCACGUACGGUGGGAAAUACGUGAUCAACCCCAGUGGUGGCCUUGAAGCGAAGGGCCACCCGCUCGGAGCAACCGGUCUAGGUAUGCAUUUCUAUAUCACCAUGCAAUUGCGACAGUGGGCUGGACCGAUGCAAGCGCCCGGUCUGUUCGACACUGACAAGAGGGGCAAAUAUGGCCUAGUGCACAACAUCGGCAUCGGAGGGGCCGUUGUAUGCAGCUUGCUUCGCCGGCCUGAGUUCUUCAAUGCGGAAGGCGAGGAUGGAAGAGACAGGCUUGGUUAUAACCAUGGUCAUCAAUGCAAGCCAGUCUCUAUGGCCGAUGUGGACAAAGUCAAGUCGAUCAAGUCCUCGCCAUAUAUUCUGGAGCGAGCGCGGCUCUAAUCGCCCGGAGCUGUUGCACCUUCCUAAGCUGAUUGUAUGAAAGUCUCUCGUUGUAUCUGGAAUAUAUGUAUUAAAUCUGUUCGUGCGAUCAACGAUGACAGUACUAUGCACAUGAUAAUAGCUCAUUAAAUAUAUAACUCGUCUGCCAACAGAAUGUCCGACCAUUGUCCAAUGUGCGUGCAGGAAGGCCUUUCGUGGGUCAUGAUGCCCCGGUGAUUCGUGAGGUUUAGCACAGGAGAUUACCAUCGCUGUCCAUCUUGUGCUUUACCCGCGUUCGAGAAGAGUCGAGUGCGCAUGCAUUAUUGCGAGUAUCAGGUUGAUUUGUUGUGUUUAAUUUUCUUCGGUGGGGACCCCCAGGCCAUGUUGUCCUC